CUACAGGAUCCAUGAACGAGACAUUUUAACAAUCUGCUUUCAUCAAAAAUACUACACUGGUUACACCAGAUUUCUAAUUUCUGGUGUGUGUUUUUUCAAAGGACUGAUCUUAUUUUAAUGAAGAGAUGGAUAAACUCAUUCUUUUAUUUUUUCUGUUACAAGGUGUUUGGUGUGGAGAUUGGAGCGUCAGUCUGCCAGAGAAGAUUGAAGCUCUGAGUGGAUCCUGUGUGACCAUAAACUGCACAUUUGAAAUUGAUAACAAAUAUGACAAAGAUCUCACUGACAGUGCUGCAGGAGUGUGGCUUAAAGAUGGGACUGACUUCCUAAAAAAUGUUGUAUUUAACUCCAGUAGGACCAAUCUCUAUUUUAAAGCGGAAAUAGUUGGAAAAUUAAAAAGCAAGGACUGUGCCACCAUCUUUUAUAAUGUUACUUCAAAUUACAGUGGUCAGUUUUUCUUCAGGAUUGAGGGUAAUGGUGGACUGAAAUAUACCUAUACACAAAAAUCUGUUUCAUUAUAUGUGAUUGCCUCUUUCCCCAAUCCCACAGUGCAGAUAUUUAAGGAUCAGAUGGAGGUUGAGGUUCAGGAGGAGGUGUUAGAGGGGAGCUCUAUGUGUCUGCGCUGCUCUGCUAAGACUCUCUGCUCCUCUUCUCCACCAACUCUCACAUGGAGCUCCACUGACAGACUCCACCUCAAUGAGAGCAGCAGACUACAGCUGGAUCAACAGAAACAAACUGAGAUCAUCUCUGAUCUGAACUUCACUGCUACUCACCUUCAACAUGGAGUCACUUUCAUCUGCACUAUAACCUACCAGCUACAGCAGAGGAACAGAACAGCACAGAACAACAUCACAUUACGUGUUAAGUAUGCUCCUAAAGACACAUCAGUGUCUGUGUUUCCAUCUAACUCUGUACUGGAGGGCAGUUCAGUGACUUUGAACUGCAGCAGUGAUGGAAAUCCAGCAGUGUUCAACUACACCUGGUACAGAGAGAAUGAAGGACAGCUGGAAGAGCUGCAGACUGGAUAUAAUCUCACCUUCAUUGUGACUGAUCGUACACACACAGGACGCUACUACUGUCAAACCAAAAACCAACAUGGCACUCAAAACACAUCAGUGUUGCUGGACAUUCAGUAUGCACCCAAAAUCUCUCUCUUCAGUUGUAACAGAACUGAUGUAACUGUGUGUUUGUGUGAGGCUCAUGGGAAUCCCUCUCCUAAAGUGGAGUGGUUUCUAUCUGGACGUCCUGUCAGUAACUCUACAAACACAUUCAUCAGUGAGGAGCGAUUGAGCAGCACAGACUUGAGGAGCUUAAUUUCUCUCCAUCAGUCACUUACACACACAGACACUCUGCAGUGUGUCACCAACAACACUCACGGCAAUGCCAGUCAAGAGAUUCAACUGCUUUGCAGUCCUCAGGAGACAACAGGUAUCAGUGUUUUCUCUGUGCUGAUUGGAGCUGCUUUUGGAGUUUCAAUAAUAAUAAUAAUCUUGUGUGUCAUUAAACAUUUCUGUAAACGAAGAGAAAACAGCGGAUCCUCAAAGACAAGACGAAAAGACAUCAAUGGACUUAAUCUGACUGACAGGGCGAAUGAAGAACCUGUUUAUGCCAAUAAAGCUGUUUUGUCACCUGCUGAAGAUGCUUCGCUGAAUUACCCAGAAUCCCUUCAUUAUUCCUCCAUUGACUUCACAAACAACCAAACAGAGUCAGAAGAGAUCAGAGGCGUCUCCUCACUUACUACUGUUUAUGCUGAUGUCCGACAUUAUUCAGGACAAGAGGAAGCAAAGAGCUCUGUGGGAAGCGUUGACCCACUGCCCAACAGCAACAUAUCAACAGUUGUUAAGCAAGAGAACCACAAUAGUACAGACACUGAAUUGCAGUCAGGUGAAGUUUCUGAUCUUUAUGCUCAAGUUAAACACUGCCACACAAAAAAAUAAAAAAUAGGUCACUUUCUAAAAUUUGACAUUUUAUGCCAUGAUAACUUUCUUUCUUUUUUAAAGUCAAGAUUUUUAAAACAUUCCUACAGAGAGUUUUAAAUAUAAAAUAAGGCAUCAGAGCCAAUGUAAUGUUUGAUCCUUGAGUGCAGUAAUUGUGAACAGUGUUAAACAAAACAAACAUCAACUGUGUAGGAUUC